AGUGGUGAAAAUCGAAACUUUCGUCUUCAAUCGGAAAUUGUCCGCAACCUAACUCCGGUCAACGGGCUAAGUAAACGAAGUAAACACGCCGCUUGCCAUCCAGAAUUAUGCAUUUAGUGAACAGAAAGUCCCAGUGCAGCUGAAGUCGUUUGAGAAAUCUUCGCGUACACCGAGGUAUUGACCCUUUGACAAUCCUUAAUAUUAUGGAACUUUUAAGAUCAAAUCCAAUGUGCUUCUACAACUCUCUUGUUUCUUGAGCUGCCAACACUGCGCUUUUCCGUCAGCAUCAGAAAAAGCGACGUAUUCACCUAAAGUAAAAAAAAACAACUUAGUUCAGCACGACGUGCUCCGUGGCAUUUGCACGCAAAUGUGUCCCAAGAUCUUAAACAUGGUCUACCUGCCAGCAGUAGUGGUAGCAGCAUAGCAUCAAAAGUUUUAUUUUGUUGUGUCCACGCUUAUGCGGCAGUAGGAAUCGAAGAGAUCCCCGUCGAAAAGCAACAUCACAGCAAAAAAGCCCAUACGUACAGCUGGUUACCAACCAUCCUCAUCAUCAGCAUCGUUUGCCCACUGCUGGCUGCAGCCUAUACAGUCUGCAGAGUACACAUCAGUUAAGGUUGGCAAUCGCGCACACGAAAGAGCAGAUCGCAUUGUGUAGCUCACUCAAUCCGAAAGGUAUUCCGCAGGUUUGCCCCUCUACGCCUAAAGUCCGUCGAGAGAGAGCGAGUGGUGUAGAAGAAAGAAAAUCGACUUCGAGACUGGAGUUGAAAAUUUCACUUUCUUUUUCUGGAAGGAAAACGGCUAAGGAAAAAACUGGAUUCAUUCAUCAAAAUUCAUAUCGAAAAGUCAUAAUGUCGGGGUGCGUAUCGUUUUAGUAACCGAAACUGUGUGAAUAUAGAAAACGGAAAGAUUUUCUAGUGCUUCGCAAUAUUUUGGUGCGUUUUCGCUUCCAUUUGGUAAAUGACGGACUGAGUCAGACUGUCGUGAAAGUGAAAUCAUCUUAAAUUGGAUAUUCUGGUGAGGUGUGGAAAGUAUCAAGGGGUUGAUAACAAGCAAUAUACCGAUAUUUGUUCUUUGAAAUCGUACUUUUCGGGUCGUUCUUGAUGACGUACCAGAAUAAUAAUUGCUGAAUACAUUUGUGCCGGUCCAUAACAUAAAAACUCAAAAAGAGAAAAAACGACCUAAGAUGUCGAAUUGUUUUGAAGAGAAACCUGUUUUGAGGGUCGUUUGAAGAAGAGAUUUUUUUUUGGGUAUCAACCACGGUCCCCAACUUUCAACUCGUGUGUAUCUCUCGGGUAGUAAUUGUGUGCGUUUAACUGAAUUUGGAUUGUUUCGCAAAAAAUCUUGCUCCACCCUCGAAAAAGUAAACCGCAUCAUAUCGACAGGAAGUGUCAUCAACCCAAAAAAUUGGUAAAGCUGGGAGCAAAUCUGGUGGUGCCUAGGUACCAUUCCCACGAAACGGGUGUUCGAGCCCGGAGAAAUACCAUAAUCAUGGCAACUUCCGAUGGUCAGAAAUCUCAGCAGGUCGAUACGACACCGGAAAAGGAGGAGAAACGCGUAGGAUGUGCUCACUAUAAACGACGUGCCAAAUUUGUGACUCCUUGCUGCAACAAGUUCUACAUGUGCCGCUACUGUCACGACGAGAACGAAACACACUUCUUCAACCGUAAAACAGUAACGGAAUUGAUCUGUACCGAGUGCAACACCCGGCAGAAGGUGCAGGCGGAAUGUGAGCAAUGUGGAGUACGAUUUGGACGGUAUACGUGUCUAGUGUGCAAUCUCUUUGACGAUGAGGAUCGAAACCAGUACCACUGUGAUGGUUGUGGCAUUUGUCGUGUGGGAGGACGAGGUCGGUUCUUCCACUGUGAAGUCUGCAACAUGUGUUUGCCCCUGCAGCUUCAGAUCGAUGGGCAUAGGUGCGUUGAAAAUGUAUCAAGAUCAAACUGCCCUGUCUGUUUGGACGAUAUUCAUACAUCCCGGAUACCUUGUCACAUUCCGGACUGUGGACAUUUGCUGCAUAGAACAUGUUUCGAAGAAUUGUUAUCUUCGGGUCAUUAUGCGUGCCCCACCUGUCAAACUUCCAUGAUGGACAUGAACCAAUUGUGGGAAUAUCUCGAUUCAGAAGUAGCAGCCACACCGAUGCCAAAGGAAUACGAAAAUUAUCGAGUAGAUAUUUUGUGUAAGGAUUGUCAUAAGGAAUCUACAGUUAAAUUCCAUGUUGUUGGGUUAAAGUGUACACACUGUGGAGCGUACAACACGUGUCGAACCAAGACGAAAAGCAUGGAUGUUUCUCCAAAAUGCACAAACAACAAUGAAGCACUCUCAAACGGCGAAAGUAGUAGCAACGGCAGCAGUAACAGCAGCAAUCCGCAGGCCUCAACUUCAUCUUCCACCAGCGUCAUUAGCACCAUGGCAACGAUGGCUGCCAACGUGGUUCGAAGAAACAUAGUCUUUCCAUCAACUUCCGCAACUGCCAGCAUUGAUAGCGCAUCUUCGAGCUCUGCAGCCAGUAGUGGGAGCUCCACAACGACCAUGGCUAGCGAAGAACCAGCCAACCAAAGUUCUGCAGAGCCCAUAGAAAGUCCUCCAGCGGCCGCGAUUUCUAGCGAUGGGAUUGCCGAUACUAAUAGCAGUAGUAGUAGUAGCAGCAGUAGCGGUAGUAAUAAUAAUGGUAAUGGCAGCAGCAGUAAUAGCGAUAACGAUAGUAGCAAAUAUAAUGGACAUUCCGCGUAUAGCAAUGGCGUAAGCGAAGCCUAGUUGUUCUCUAGAUGAUAUUAAAAAAAAACUUUUCCUCGAAGAAACGCUUGUCGACGGGCUGUCCCCAGCGUUUAGCAUGUUAGGACAAGUUAGCUGUAUAAUGACGAUUUUCUUUAGACACGACAGCGUGAACACUUCCAUAAGGAAAAUCUCGUAUUUUCUACGGGAAAUUGGUGAAAAUCGGAGUUCAUUCCAAACAUUUUGGAUUCCGAAUUCGCAAUUCAAACUGUUUUUAUAUUAACAAAAUUUUAUUCUCAUUUCACUGUAAAAUUUUAUUUUCUAGACGUUUAUAGAUAGGUGUUGAUUAUUUGCGGUUAUUUGUAUAUUUUGUAAAAUAUAAUUUUUAAUACAUUUGUGAUUGUUUGAGUUUAAUUUCUAUACGAAAUUAGUGCAUGAAAAUUUCACUUGUUUCCAAUAAAGUAUUGAACAGUGGAACUAGCAAAUAGUAUAGAUAAUAGAUUCGAUCGUUGGAGAACAUUGCAAAGGCUUGCAAUUAUUGCGGUUUGCUCAUUCUGCAAAACAUCUGAAAUCACUAUAUUUUUUCCAAUAACCGAUUAAAAAUUAAACACAAUGAAGAAGUGAAAGUCUAAUUCAAGAAACAAUUGAAAAUCAUUAAAUUUCGUUAAUCUAUUUCUCGACAGCAAUCUCAAAUAUUCUACCAAUAGCAACAGAAAAUUGGGAGAUUUGAUCCCAUUUUUUAAUUUUAAUGUUGGACAUCUUGUAAUUUGUCUAUCCAAACUCGUGUUAUUGCUCGAUGAGGAAGGUACAAACAAAAAGUCUGUUUAAAACACCCAAUUGCCACUCUAAAUUUAUGACCAAAUUAAAUAAAAAAUAAUCAAACAUGUUCCAAACAUAGUUAUCAGAUCCUAGGAGUUGAGAAGCGGAGGGAAACGGAACUGAGCUUCAUCCAACGAAAAAAAAAAAUCAACUUUAGGUAGUUCUCGUUUUUCCAAUUUUGCUGUAGUUUGCGACCGCCUAUAGACCAGCCUGGUCCAUCUCAUGUACCUUUUAUGUUAUCGCCUGAAUAAAUAUUGUGUUCUUUUGAUUUAGUCAUUGUAAAUAAUCAUAUGUAAUAGUAUAAUGUGAUAAAUUUAUAUAAUUGAUUGAUUGAAAUCGAAAUAAAGACAUUUUUUCUUCAAUAA